UUUAUAAUUCAACACCCCCAUUGUAUGAAUUCAACAGUUGAAUUUAUUAUUCAACACCCAUUGUAUGAAUUCAACAGUUUAAUUUAUAAUUCAACACCCCCAUUGUACAUAGUCUAACGAGUUGCAAAUUUUGGAAAGGCUUUUACUUUCAUAAUUUACCUUCCCGAAAAGCUGAAAGAAGCUUUGACCGCAAACUAUAAUAAAUACUCGUCUCAACAAAUGCUUCUCCUCCAUAAACGAAGAGGAAGGAGAGGUUCCAAGACAAAGACAUCCACAUGAUGAAUUCAAUGUCGUUCGUUCGUACCGCGACGAUCGCUCUUCUUAUAAUUAUCGUGUUUCUACAAAAUGUUGUGGCGGCUCAGAAAAGACAGCAAACCAUUGUUACGUAUCAUGGUGCGGUUGCGACUGACGACGGACGGUGUUCUGAAAUCGGGACGAAUGUUCUUCGUCAAGGAGGAAACGCGAUUGAUGCAUCGGUCGCUGCUGCUCUUUGUUUGGGCGUCGUGAGUGCAGCGUCUAGCGGUAUUGGUGGUGGAGCGUUUGCAGUUAUUAAGCUUGCUGAUGGCAAGGAAAUUGCUUAUGACUCUAGAGAAACCGCUCCUCUAAGCGCCACUGAGAAUAUGUAUGGUGAUAAUCCCGAGAAAAAGAAGAAAGGAGCCUUGUCAGUAGGAGUCCCCGGGGAAGUUGCUGGUCUAUACACGGCUUGGAAAGAACACGGGAAGUUACCUUGGAAGCAGUUAGUGAGUCCUGCAGAGAAAAUUGCAGCUGAUGGAUUCAAGAUUUCAAAAUAUCUCUAUAUGCAGAUGAACGCGACUAGAAGUGAUAUUUUAGCGGAUAAAGGUCUCUCUGAGGUAUAUGCUACAAACGGAGAGCUCAAGAAACCAGGGACUCUUUGCCAUAACCCAAAACUGGCUUUUACUCUAAGCCAAAUCGCUGAAAACGGUCCAAAAGCGUUUUACAAUGGCACGGUUGGGGCCAACCUUGUAAGUGAUAUACAAAAAGCCGGUGGGAUAAUAACUAUGAAAGAUUUGCAGAAUUAUAAAGUGAAGGUUACAAAACCAUUAUCUGCGGAUGUUCUUGGUUACCGACUACUCGGUAUGCCUCCUCCAUCAUCCGGUGGCGCUGCAAUGGUCCUUAUUUUGAAUAUUCUUGCUCAAUAUGGUGUUCCAUCGGGUGUUUCUGGCCCACUUGGUGUUCAUCGACUAGUGGAGGCUCUCAAACAUGCAUUCGCGGUUAGGAUGAACCUUGGGGAUCCAGAUUUCGUCCCUAAUGUUAGUAAGGUUGUUUCAGAUAUGUUGUCUCCAAAGUUUGCACAAAACUUGAAGAGCAAGAUUAACGACCAGAAAACCUUUGAUCCUAAAUAUUACGGUGGCAAAUGGAAUCAGAUCAAUGAUCAUGGCACGAGCCACUUAUCGGUAAUGGAUGCAGAGAGGAAUGUUGUUUCAAUGACUAGUACAAUCAACGGAUACUUCGGGGCACACAUGAUUUCUCCGAGCACCGGAAUGGUUCUAAACAACGAAAUGGAUGAUUUCUCGAUCCCGAUGAAAUCCAGAGGUGAUCCAGAUGUGCCGCCACCGGCACCGGCUAACUUCAUUCGUCCCGGGAAACGACCUUUGUCCUCUAUGACUCCCACCAUUGUACUCAAGGACGGUAAAGUAAAAGCCGCAUUGGGUGCUAGCGGAGGAAUGUACAUCAUCGCCGGUACAACAGAAGUUUUCUUGAAUCAUUUCUUCCUCAACAUGGAUCCUCUCUCUUCCGUUGCGGCUCCAAGAAUCUACCACCAGCUAAUUCCGAACAAAGCUCAGUAUGAGAACUGGACAACAGUGUAUAAUGACCAUUUCGAGAUUCCCAAAGAGACAAGACUUGAGUUGGAGAAGAAAGGUCAUGUCCUAGCGCCAAUCGCAGGAGGAACGAUUUCUCAGUUCAUUGUGGUUCAAGAACCAGAUAAAAGUUCGGGUGGAAUGAGUAAGCUUGUGGCAGUAAGUGAUCCAAGAAAAGGACGGUACCCUUCAGGAUAUUGAUAUUAGAUUUGAUUUCUAUCUUCAAUUAUUGUUGCAUCUUACCUGUGAUAUGAAUAUUAGCCUUUUAUAAUCUUUGAAACUAAUAAAUAUAUAUUUUGUUUGCGACA